AUGGAUCCUGCCAAGAUGAAGGUCGUGGAUCUCCGAUCCGAGCUCGGCGCUUUGGGUCUGGAUACCAAAGGCAAUAAGCCGGCUUUGGUCGAAAGACUAAAGAAGGCGCUAGAAGCUAAAACCGGGAAAGAAUUAAAAUAUGUAUUCAUAAAGGAAAAUUAUGUGGUAGCUCGAGUUGAGACUCCAGAACCAAUUGUCGAAGAGCCAAAGCCUGAAGAACCGGAGGCUGAACCUGAACCUCAGCUUGAAUCCUCUCCGGAACCAUCUCCAGAGCCUUCUCCGGAGCCUGAGCCGAAACAGCCGGCUCCCGUGCCCGUACCUGCACCUGAGCCAGAGCCGGAGAAAGUGCAACCGGAGGAGAAGCCUCAAAUUGAGGACUCGGAGAUGUACAGCAUUGAUGACGGGAGCCAGUCACCAGUGCCUCAAGCAAAAUCUGAAGAACCAAUGGAGGAAGACACUGAUAAGAAGAAACCUGCAAAUGAUGCAGAACAGAAGGCAGAGAAGAUGGAAGAAGAUGGGGACAAACCAGAGGGAGAAGAUAAGAAGGUUGAUGGCGAAGACAGUGAGGAGGCGAAAGAUCGACAACAAGAGUUGACCGAAGAAGAGGAGUGGAAACAACUGAACGAGCGUCUUCAGCAGAAAGAGAAGGAACGUGUAGAGCGAGAGAAGAAACAGGCUGAGGAGGACGCUAAGCGUCUUGAGGAGCUUAGCAAGGACCCAGUGAAACUGAACCGUCUGAAACGCAAGCAAGAGAAGAAGGCUCGCUGGAGCAACUUCUACAAGGCUGUUGAGGUCACCAAUGAAGUCCUAACGCCCCCUGUUGAGGAAUCUCGCCACAGGAAGAAAUCUGAGACGAGUGAGGCCAAGGUCGUUGAACCAGAACUUAAUGACAACAAGUUGACUUUGUCUUGGUACGAUAGCGACCUCAACCAAUAUCUGGAGCUGCCUGACCUGGUUUCCGUGGUGCCGUUGUCUGACGGAGUCUUCGCUCACGCCUGGGCCGGCACGCGCGGCAGCCACGGUGUCUCCGAAGGAAAAGUCUGCUUCGAGGUACGAGUGGGUGACGCGGUGACGACAACUGAAACUACGGGCGAGAAAGAGGCCAUCUCAAACGGACUUCGUGUUGGGUGGUCUACGGACGACUCUUCACUACAUCUUGGUCAGGGUGAGCUGAGCUUUGGCUAUGAGAACACAGGCCGAGCUGUCAACAACAGUGAAUUUAAGGAGUACGGCAAGACCUUCUCCGAGAAAGAUGUGCUCGGCGUUUAUUUGGACCUGGAAUCGAACCCGUGCAAGAUCUCGUACACGCUGAACGGCGAUGAACUAGGCACAGCUCACGAGUUCGACCGUGCAGCUCUCAACGGCCGCGCUCUAUUCCCCCACGUGCUGACUAAGAACAUCUGCUAUCGAGUCAACUUCGGACAUGACCAAUACAACAUGCUGACAAAGACGAAGAUCGUCCGCAAACGCAUUGAAAUCCCUAUCGAGCAAGUUCUAGAAGAGAAGAGGGUUCGCGAAGAAGAGAUUCAACGGCAGAAGGACGAGAUUGCCAAGAAGGAAAAAGAACGGAAAGAAAAGGAAAAGAAGGAACGAGAGGAGCGACAGAGGAUUAGGAGAGAGGAGCGUGAGAGACAGGAACGCGAAAGAAAAGAGAAACAAGCUCAAGAAAGGAAAGAAAAAGAAGAGGAGGAGAAAAAAGGAGAGGAGGAAAAACCGGCGGACGGUGACAAGGAUGCCGAGGAGGAGAAGAAACAGGACGAGCCUAAGGAGAAUGGCGAUAAACCGGAAGAAAACGUUGAGGUGAAACAGGAAGCGAUGGAGACUGAAGUGGAACCUGAAGCCAAACCUGCCGAGGAGGAGAAACCAGCCGAGGAACCCAAGGACGAGGUCAAGGAGGAGCCGGUGCCAGAAGGCCCAGUUCCAGAGGUGACCGAGGAGCAAGUUCUCAAGGGUCUUACCCUAGACAAGAGGAUUAAAUUCGUCACUAGGUUCACCGUGGAGCAAGAGCUGGACGGUCCGGUAGCGAGUAUUCUGCCCGGCUUUGUGUUCAUCGUGCAUGCGCAACUGGUGGACGGGCCCCGCAGACCCGUCUCGAAGGCCGACUGCGAGGUGAUCCUGAUGGUGGGCAUGCCGGGCGCGGGCAAGACGCACUGGGUGCGCGCGCACGUCGCGGCCCACCCCGAGCGCCGCUACAACGUGCUCUCCACGCAGGACCUCUUCCACCGCAUGCAGGUGGAUUGCAAGCCCUUCCGGGACUCCUGCGAAGGACGCUGGGACGCGAUGGUCGUCAAGGGCGCUAAAUGCGUGCUUAAGUUGUUGGAAUUCGCCCACGGCAGAAGGCGAAAUUACAUUCUGGAUCAGACGAACGUGUACCCGUCGGCUCAGAGGAGGAAACUGCGGGAGUUCGACGGCUACCGGCGCGUGGCGGUCGUCGUCAUCCCCGACGCGGAGACUUACACCGAGCGGAGCGCCAAGCGCGAGCAGUCCGACGGCAAAGAAGUCCCGGACGGUGCCAUCAUGGACAUGAAAGCUAACUUCUCGCUGCCGGAGAAAUGCUCGUGGAUCGACGAGGUGAUCUACCCGGAGCUGAACGAGGAAGAAGCGAAGAAGAUUCUGGAAGGGUUCCACAAGGAGGCGAAGGCGGCGGGCGUGAUGAAGGAGCGCGAGAAGAGAGACAGGUCCUCGGGCCGCGACGCGCCGCCGCACAAGCGCCAGCGCUCUAGCGACCGCAGGCACGGCCGAGAUGAUCGCAGGAAGGACUUCAGCAGAGAUCGCGAGGACAGAUGGGGCGGUGGCGGUGGCGGUGGCGGCGGCAGCCGCUGGGGAGGCUCCAACCGCGGCGGCGGCGGCGGCGGCGGCGGCGGGCGCUGGGGAGGACCCCGAGACCGGCCCGGCCCGCCGCAGGGACGCUUCGACCGCCCGUGGGGAGGACGCGACAACGGUGGGCCGCCCUUCAACCGCGACCGCGACGGCUUCCGCGGCGGCCGCGGCGGCUCCGGGGGCCCUGGAGGCCCGAGCGGGCCGGGAGGUCCGCGCAACGACCGCGGCCCGCGCCAGGACCAGCGCUUCGGCGCCCGCGUCGACAACCGCGGCGCCGGCGGCAGGCCCAUGGACAACAAGCGCGUUCCCGGCCCGCCCGGACCGCAAGGUGGCGGCGGCGGCGGCGGCGGCGGGGCCGGGUCGUGGCAGCGCGGCGGGCAGGGCGGCGGGCGCGGCGGGCACAUGGGCCGCAACAACGCGCCCGGCGGGCAGCUGCAGCGCUCGGGGCCUCCGGGCAAGGAUGGGCAACAAGGACAACAAGGCAACCAGCAACAAGGCUGGAACCAGUGGGCCGGUCAGCAGGGCUGGGGCAACUGGGGUAACUGGAACCAACAGAACCAAGCCGCAUGGGGCAACUGGCAACAGAACUGGAACAACUGGAACCAGCAACAAGGCCAGCAGGCCGGCGCCGCGGGCAAGGGGCAGGCCGCCGCCGGCGCGGGGCAGCAGGCCACGCAGCAGCAGUGGCAGCAGUGGUACCAGUGGCAGCAGUGGCAGCAGCAGCAGGGCUGGCCUCAGUACCAGCAAGGACAGCAGCAGGCUGGGCAGGCCGGGCAAGACCACCAGGCGCAGUGGGCGCAGUACUAUCAGAAUUACGGUGCUAACGCGGCAGGCAACGCCGUGGCCGACAAGAAGUGACGCGCCGAGCGGCGAUAAUGCCGCGCGCACUGCACUUGACCCUCACCCAACGUUAUAUGGACAUUACAUCAACAUCUUUGAUACAUAUGGCUGACUGACACGUCAAUACCUAGCGCCUGUCUGAGGUAACUCCUCAUAGAGAUUGAUAAAAUAAAGUGUGAAUGUGUAACGUGAUUAUGUAUGCAAGUGUGACAUAUUAUACAGACUUAUAGAGCCGGCCUAGCCAAAUUCACAAUCGUCAAAGAGGAUCGAGUAUUAUAGAGAGUUACUGUCAAAGUGAAUGUAAUCACAGUGUAUAGACUGCCAUCUCUCGACACAAGCUUAAAACUUUUUAAA